AGACAUUCAUUCCACAGACUUCAGAUUCCAAAGAAAAAGCCCUAGGAAGGCCUGAACUUCUGCAGAUGAAGCUCUGCAGGGAGGGAAAGCUCCUAGUGCUGUGAUCCCAGGAGAAGACAAGAAAACCACAGCUUUUGGAGAGACCUGGGAAAAGCUACUUCUGGAGAAAUGAUGCUGUUGUGAUGGCCUCACAUCCCCAGACUCUGCACCCUGGCAGAGUCCCAGUGUAGUCAGUAGAGCCACAUUAAUUUUUCUCUGGCCAGGAAAAGCCCUCAUAAUUUUAAGGGAAAGUGUUUUACUUUGACGUGGCUGAAAGUGCACCAAGCGGAUUUGAAGCUGCAGAUUUAAGUGUCUUGAGCAAAUCCUGCCAUGUAAGGCUUUUCUUUCUUUAUCAGCCGUGCUGAAACGCGAUCGGACUUCCAGCGCGGGGUCCGGGCACAAAGCGUUUUCUUGUGUUUCCAGCCAGAGGAUAAGGGAUACGCCGUGUCAGGAACACACUGGGAAUUUCUUUCCUUUAGAAAGCUGCACAGGAAGCCACUGGAAAAGUAAGAUUGUUACACUGAGCUCUUGGCUGCCGAUGCAGGGUGCAACACUGCUUCUUGUUGGGAGUUUUGCCAUUGACUUGAUUGUGAGCAGGACAGCUUUUCUCUGUCACAGCUGUUUAUUUAUUGCUCCCCUUCCACUGCUUUUUGGUGCUGACAAGCACAACCUGUGCCCCUCCACCAGCUUGCACAGGUGGGUUAUAUUUACACCACUAAUCAUGGAAAGUAUUUAAGAGUGGAAGUGAAGGGGAGCACUGUAUUUGUGUGCCUUUCACACAGUGGCUGGUGUCUGAAUUUAGCAGCUCGUGGAGCAGAGGCUUUAAACAGUGUUUGGCAAAUGUGAAAUCAGUGCAUGGCGCUGACUGACCACCCCUGGAGAACACCUUGAGAGAGGAAAAGAAAGUGGCAGCUCUGGUGUGCGAGAGGAAGGCCAUGGUUUCUUUCCGUGGACCUGGAGAUUCCAGCCUAUGGAGAAGUGCACAUAAGAACAGGAUAAAUAUGGCUUUUAAGGGCGAGGACCGCUUAGAUUCCCUUUCCUUCCCAGUUCAGCGCAUGCACCUGAUCCAGGUGGACUCUGUUCAGCGGUGGAUGGAAGACCUGAAGCUGAUGACAGACUGCGAAUGUAUGUGCAUUCUCCAGUCCAAGCCCAUCAGCAUUGAGAAGGAUGAACAAAAUGAACUCAUCCUCUCCUCGCAGUACAGCACUUGUGAUAACUUGCAGCUCCUGCUGAAGAGAGCUUGGAUCAUCAGCACAGAGCUGACCAGGAUUGCUCAGAAGCUGGAGAAGAACAGGUGGCACAGGGUCCACAGCAUGACAGUGAGAGUCAACUGCCACGUGCACUCCAUGAUAAACGAGUACAACACCUUCACCAGGAGCUCUUCAGAAGAAAUGCACCAGCUUGAAAAACUCUUAAUAGACAAGUGUUCAGAAUUUACAGCAUUCACAGAAAGGUGCUUACAGACUGAAGAUGAGGAGAUACUGAAGUCCAUGAAAUUGUGUGUUAAUGAAACACUCACGACUGUGGCCCAAUAUUUUGGCCAGUUGAUAGAGCUGGUUUUAACACAAGAGGCACAGAACCUGCUGAGGCAGGUAGAGCUCUCGGGCAGCCUGUACGCCAUGGAGUCGGCCAUCAGCAGUUUGUUCAGCCUUGCCCAGGAGGGAGCUCACCUCUGCCGCAUCAUAGCCAAGGAAGGAGGUGUCGUUGCUCUCUUUAAGAUCUGUCGCCAGGAUUGUUUCAGGUGCCUUUAUCCCCAGACCCUGAGAACUCUGGCAUCAAUCUGCUGUGUAGAGGAAGGGGUGCACCAGCUGGAAAAGGUGGAUGGGAUACUGUGCCUGGCUGACAUCCUCACUGAUACCAGCCAUUCUGAAGCCACCCAUGCAGAAGCAGCAGCAGUAAUUGCCCAGAUCACAUCUCCACAUCUCACGUUCACUCAGCAUCUCAGCAGCUUUCUGGAAAAUAUGGAAGAAAUUGUGACAGCACUUGUCAAACUGUGCCAAGAAGCCUCAUCAGGUGAAGUUUUCCUGCUGGCUUCAGCAGCUCUUGCCAAUAUCACUUUCUUUGAUACCAUGGCUUGUGAAAUAUUGCUCCAGUUAAAUGCAAUGAAGAUCCUGCUAGCAGCGUGCUCAGACAAACGCAUAGUGGAUACUCCGUAUUCCCGGGAUCAGGUGGUAACAAUAUUGGCAAAUAUGUCUGUGUUGGAUCAGUGUGCUUCAGAAUUCAUUCAAGGAAAUGGUGUUCAGCUUUUAAUGGAGAUGCUGUUUGAGAAAUCCUCCUCUGGAAAUCCAGCAGAAGCUGCAGCUUGUGAGCGGGUCCAGCAGAAAUCUGCAGUUACCCUGGCACGGCUCAGCCGAGAUCCUGAGGUGGCAGAGGCAGCUGUAAAACUCAGCUGUAUUCCUCGCCUGAUUAAACUUUGCAGAUCACCAACAGAAAGAAAUAACAGUGAUUCUGUUUUAGUGGCAUGUCUGGCAGCCCUGAGGAGGCUGGCAGUUAUGAGUCCUGAUGGGCUGGAGGAUUCAGAUUUUCAGCAGCUGGUAAAGCCCAGACUUGUGGAUUCUUUUCUGCUGUGCACAAAUAUGGAAGAGAGCUUUGUAUAAAUGGGAGCCAAAAACCUUUGAACAAUAAUGAAGACGAUAGGUACACAGUAAGAUAACACAUGUACAAUUUUAUUUUGGUUUAGUCCUAUUGUUAUUUAUGACUUAUUUAUUCUAAACCCAUGAACAUGGGGUUGUCAGAGCAAAGGGACAGAAUGAGAAAUUUUGUUGUUGUGGUUUGCAAAAGUAAUUUUUAUUUUAUUCUCCUGCCAAGACAAACAAGACCUUAUCACUGCCAUCUAGCAAAAUGUUUUGUUUAAUAUAGUUGAAUUCGGGUAAUGAAGCCAAGAAUUUGUUGCUCUGAUGUUAAAUGCUUCUGAUGAUGUUUUUUCAUUGAUAUUUUUCUAUAGUUAGGAUAUUUUGUAGGUUUUUUAAUAAAUGUUUUAGCCUCAUCUCUAUUAGGAAAAAAGUAAUCCUAAAAGCUGCAAGUAUGUACUUUGAAAUGAAAGGGAUGUUACAGUCUGACUCCAGUUCUUAACUGCUGUUAUUUUUUAAUAGAAUUAUGUAACUGAGAGAAAAAAUUCCAAAAUUUGUCCAAAUACUGGCUUCAAAUGAUGCUAGAGUACGUUCUUAGGCCAUAUAAAGAUGUGCUCCAUCAGAAGAUACACACUAACAGAAAGCUCUUUAUUUACAUUGACUGAAAUUUCCUAAAGAAAUUCAUAGAAUCCUAGAAAAAUCUUGGAUAGCGUGUGUGUUUUAUCUCCUAAUGUAAAAUUUUCUACCUAUGAUUUAAAACCAUUGCACAGUGAUAAUUUUCUCUCCUUUCCAAGCCUUACAAGAACUGGAAGUGCUAAGGUCCAGACAUGUUUUUAACAUUCAAGCUACUGUUUUUGUGAAAAGUUGUUCACAUCUAUACUGAAUAAUCUGAAAAGUUUAAUUAAUUGUAACUUGAAUUUUCAUUUUUAUGGCUUGCUAACUAGUCCUGUAUUUUUAAAACUUAAAUGGGACUCUUAGGAGCUCUGGAAGUUGAGAAAUGGAUGAUAACCUAAAUAACAACAUGAUUUUAAACUCAACUUUUUUUCCCCAUGAGCAUUCUUCUUAAUUCUUUCUUUUUCCUUUCAUUGAAAACCACAUAUAUUGAAAAUUACUCAACCAGCAAUAUCUUGGGGAAAAAAAAAUAAUUCCUUAACUUUUCACAAAGUACUCUUUACAUUAUGAAAAAAAAAAGUAAUAUUUUCUUCAUGGCUUCCAAACAUUGCUUUGGAUCAUUUUCUGAUCAGCAGUUUCAGGGUUCUAGGAUAUCUGCCCAAACCCCUCCACAUUCCUUCCUUACUGUUCUUUGUAGAUGUAUUAAGCAGCUUAAUUCAUUAAUGUUUCUUUAGUGUUAUGUGGUGUUUGGAUGAGAAGCAGCAGGAAAUUGUGAAGCUGUGAUUGCCUUCCAUGUUUUCUGUGGAUGAGAAAUCUGCCCUGCUUCAAGCAGUGAGACAAUGGUGGCUGCUUCUUCCUCCCUUGAUUGUAUGAGUUAAGAAGUCUCUGCCUUAAUGUCUUUCUUGUGAGGUCUCCAUAUAAUCAGCUCUAUCUUGACUCAAUUUUGAAACCAUACAAAACAUCCAGUGACCUCUGUCAUGAGCAGCUAUUCAAAGGAAAGUGUUGGAUCAGAUGUUCUAGUAAGCACAGAGAUGAAUUCUGAUUUUUUUGCUUACUUUGAGACAGCUUCUUAAGUUUCCAAGAUUGUUAAAAUGCAUGGUACUGUAAAGCUUUAAAAAUAUUGUGUUAAUGAUGGACUUUAACACUUUCCUCCCCCAGCAGAAAUACAUGUGUGAGCCAUGGAUGUCUUGGUAAAAGCAAUGAAUUAAUAAAUUUCAUAGAAAACUAAUUCAAAAUAAAAUCCUAUUGUUAUCAUUCUGGUAGCAUGGCAGUCCCUGAUAAAACACAUCAAAUUCUGUGGUGAAUUUCUGUAUAGAACCUCAUUCUGACAGCUUCAGCUAACACCAGAGAUAUGAGUUUCUAGAUAGAGGAGGGUUUAUCCCAUAAUAGGUAAAUUUAAAAUCUCAUUUAGAGAAAUUUUCCACACAUGCACAGUGAACUGAAGGAGCUAUUAAGAAAUUGCCAUCGUGACUCAUAAUGUUUUAAUGUCAUUUCUAACAGAUCAGUCAAAUAUUCAGUGAGCAGGUUGGUAACAACUAAUUUGCUCUCAAAUACAGGAAUGUGAACCCACACUGACUGAAUUUACUACUCUCAAUCUGCAAUAUGGGUCCAUAAUUCUAGGCCCAUAUUUUCCAUUUAAAUGUGUUCAUAUUACAGAUGUGGCUGUUUAUAUUACAGAAGAAAAAAUUUAGGUGGAACUCAUGUUCGCAGCAGAAAAUAUAUCUUGAAAGAGCCAUUUCAACAGAUCUCUUGUCACCUAAGUGACCUCAAAACCAUUUUAGGUUUUGAUUUUUUCACCUAGAGCUGUGCACUUUAUUUUUGUAUAUGCUAAAGUUUAUGGGAAAAUUCACAUAUCUCUAAUUUUACUUAUUGAUUCAAUUGGAAAUAAUAAGUCAUUAAAAAGAUUGUUUUUUUUUUUUCUCAUUACAUCUGAAUGGGAAUUCUGGAUUCCGAAUGAAUUCUUGUUUCUAAAUGUUUGCUUUGAAAGUGGCUCUUCAGCUUUUAAACAAAACAAACAAAAAAGUUUAAGCCAGAAUAAACAUUUUUGCUUUCAAAUGUAGCAUGAAAUAGAAUAUUUAAGAUCUGGAAAUAUUCACUAAAAUAAGUAUUGUGGUGGCCCAAUCCUUGGACUCCUUGUGUAUAUACAUAUACAGGUAGGAGUGAGAGUGGAGAGUAUGUGUAAUACAUUCCCAAAUCAGCUCAUUUAUGUGGACUCAUUGACCUAGAGAGCCUGAAUGUAUUGGUAUUGGUUUAAUCUUCCUGGAAAAUGAAUGUCAAACUUGUUAGAUAUGUUGUUGUUUCACUUAAAUGCUUCUGAACAUUUUCAGUUUUGUAUGAGAUUAGAAAUGCUUAACAAACAUGCCGUGAGCUGCAGGAUUCUUUGUAAUUUUGAUUUACACUCCAGCAACUUUGGACAAUGUCUUCAAAUUUCAGCUUUGGUUUCAAGCUGUUUACAGAUAUUCAGGGCCCAGAUGUUUCAUUCAUGGAAUAAAGUUUGGUUAUUCUCUGUUUAUUGUGUACUUGGUACAUGAAUCACUUGUGUGGAAUUUUACUUGUCGGACCUUUUCAAUUUAAAAUUGUAUUUACAAAGAACAAAAUAAUGUCUUUGUAAAUUUCAUACCUUAACUGCUUUUUGGGUUUGCCUGUUAGUAUCCAAAAGAUGACUUCAUUUGUAGGGUUUCACCUUUGUACAAGACUGAUUCUGUUCUCUUAUAUGGCUUGUUCCAAAUUUUUGUGUUGACCAUCUGCUUUUAGGUAACAGCAAUGAACAGUCACAAUAACCUUGGCUUUUGUAUUUUGAGGAAUCUGCUUUGAUAUUCAGUUUAAAUUUAUAUUAAAUUUAAUGUAUUUAAAGAAGCGCUCUGGACGAUGUAAAUUAUUCACCAGUGUUCUCAUUUUUAAGGGGAGGGGAGGGGGAAGAUGGCAUUAAGCAUUGAAAGAAAGGUCCAGAAUGAAUUUGUUAAUUGGAGUUGGGAGUGCAGAACUGGUGGGAAGGUGGGUGAAUAAUUUUGGCCCUCAACAAGCUAACUGGGA